CAGAUCCUCUCCCUCCUCCUGCUACAACAUUCCAGAACGCUCCGCGUCUCUGCUUUGCUCCCUUCUGCAACUGCACCUGCACUGCACCCGCUGCUGCUGCUUGCUUUCCGCACCAGAACGGAACAGACGGACAAUAAACAACAAAAUACCCACCGUCGAGAUCGUGGGCCUCCCUCCCCAGGACAUCGAGGCUGUUGUUGUCGUUGUUGUUGUGUGUUAUUUGCUCCAUCGCUCGCAAAUAACACCUCACAACAGAUACAUACGUACGCAGGCACACCACAACCGUGCCAGACAGACAUUGAUUGAGGACGACCGGGAACCGAGAUUGGAAGUGAAGCCGCGGACCUGAGCUCCUCGGCCUGUCUACUUGUUAUCCAUCUACCCAAGACUCGGCUCGACGACCUAAUACUUGUCGAGACGGACCCAAUUGGGAGCCACAAACCUCAGACCAGCAGCCCAGGCUCUAGUUACCUCGCCAUUGUUUGGACCGCGGGGCAAGGAACGGGGCAAUUUGCGACGACAGGGCUGGACGUUUAUUUUUUUGAGGGGUCUUGGGACGUUGAAAUUCAGGGAGCCAGUCGUCGUCAACUGGCAAAUAAGAAACACGGUGCUCGUGCUGGCGGUGCUCGUGCUUCCAACAACCGAGGGAUACUACUAAGAUACCUUGGGACUUGGAGGAUUGGCCACCGGGUCCACAAUUGAACAGCCCGACACGACACGACACGACACGACACGGACAAGGACAACACGGACAACGGCUGAAAAACAACCGCAGCUCUCAUGACUCUCCACUCGUGAAUUCCACCGCCAUGGUUAUGCUGAGCGAACAACCUUUCCGGUCGAGUUUGCAGGUGGCGCCUCUCACAAUCCAGAAAUCCAGGUCCGACUCGAAUGCUGGCGAUGCCUCGACACCCGACCACUCUACUUCUUCCUCCACCAACCCUUACCAACGAUCAGAGAUGACUCCCCCGGCCACCCCCGAGGGGUCGCAGGAGGACCUCAACUCGCCUGCGAACCCGCCGCCCGUCUUCCACAACUUCCUGCGAGCCUUCUACCCCUUCCACCCCAGCUAUGCCAUGACCGAUUCGGCCGUCACCCUGCCAUUGAACGAGGGCGACGUCGUCCUGGUCCACUCCAUACACACAAAUGGCUGGGCAGACGGCACAUUACUGGUGUCCGGCGCAAGAGGCUGGCUGCCCACCAACUACUGCUACGCCUACGACCCCGACGAGAUGCGGAACCUGCUCAAGGCCCUCUUGAACUUUUGGGAUCUCUGCCGCAGCACGGCCGUCAACGACAGCGAGAUCUUCGGCAACCAGGAGUUCAUGAAGGGCAUCAUUGCCGGCGUGCGCUAUCUCUUGGAACGGACGCAUUGCUUGACCCGCGAAUCUUCCGUCAUCCAACGCCACGAUGGCCUGCGCAGGGGCAGGAAGUCGCUCCUAUCCGAGCUAUCCGCCCUGGUCAAGACGGCUAAGCGCUUACAGGAGCAGCAGAAGACCAUCACCCCCACCGACGCCGUCAACGACACCGUCGACGAGAUGAUACUCAAGGCCUUCAAGAUCGUUACAAAGGGCGUGCGCUUCCUCGAUGUCCUCGAGGAGGACAGGCAGUCGCGGGCACCAGCCGUCACCCUCAUGCCUACCGUGAUGGAGGAGAACUACGUACCGCCGACGCCACCAGCCGACGCGACAAGUUUUGACGACGACCGGAGCACAAUCAAGUCGCACGAUGCAGGUUCCCGCGCGGGUGACAGCGGAUUGGCUCCCGAGUCACCCACAGCCGGGGCCAGUGAGGAAACACAAAUGUCCACACACACCAACGACCGUUUGUCAACCGGCCGGUCCGCCGGCGCAGGGGCACGGCUGUCUCAGAACAGCCAGAGGGCUGUCAACUUUAGCCGCCUGUCCUCCAGCAUUGCUCACCGCGUCUCUCUCGCAGGCCCGUCGCCCCUUUCAAGGCCGCAGAACCUUGUCUCGGAACGUCUCACCGCAAGCCAUGACACCUUCCUUUCUCACCUUGGCUCAUUUAUCGGCCGGCUGCACCUCCAGUCACAGUCGCGGCCACACCUCGCACUGGCAAUAAAACAGUCGGCAACGUCCGGCGGAGAGCUCCUGGUGGUCGUCGACGUCGUCUGCGCGCACAGUUCUCUAACCAAGGAGCUAUUAGAACAGCCCCGAGCUGCCAUGUACGACCGCGUACUAGACCUUGUGCACGCCGCUCGCGACAUCCUGCACCACGACAAUGGCCCCGAGCUGGCUGAGAUUAUUAUGACCGAGGACAACAGCAGGCUCCUGUCUGCUGCGACUGGCUGCGUCCGGGCCACCGGCGAGUGUGUGGCCAAGACAAAAUGGGUCAUCGAGAGGAUAGGCGACUUUGAAUUCGAGCUCGAGGAUGGGAGCCACGGGCUCGACCUGGAUCUUGGUGCUCUCGACAUCAUCGGAGAGGAGCGCGGGAGAUCCGGCAGCGUUGCGUCCAUCGCCCCAUCCCUCCACAAACCCCUACCGAAGGACAAGCCGCUCCCGCAAGUCCCAUACACCGCAUAUCCCGACAGCGAUGACACCGAGCCUCUCGUCAUGCCCCUCCCACCCCGGCGCGAGUCACUCCUCUUCUCCGACGGGAACACCUCCGACAGUGCGACAUCGGUCUCCUCAAUCCGCCCCAGCCUUCCACCAUUACCGAAGCUGUCGACAUCGUUCACGGCCGAGGACUACAGCCCGACCAACUCUGCUGGCCCCGAGAGCGAGGGGAGGUCCUCAUACCAGCGCGAGAGCAUCGUGGCUUCCAGCUCUGCUAACAGCAGCGCAUACGUGAACAGGGGCUCCGAGUCAAGCCUCCUGUCUCAAACAUCCACCCGUGCUACUACCCCGGACCUGCACCUCGGUCCGAAGCUCCAGCCCUCCAUCUCCGAACUCAGUGCCACCAGCAACAACGGCGAGGAGGUUGAGGAGGUCGAGUCAAAGCUCCUGGAGAAGACAUACGCGCAUGAGCUUAUGUUCAACAAGGAGGGCCUGGUUGUCGGUGGUUCUCUGCCGGCUCUGGUGGAGCGCCUGACGACGCACGAAGCCACGCCCGAUGCGCUGUUCGUGUCGACCUUCUUCCUCACCUUCAGGCUGUUCUGCACCCCAACGAAGCUUGCCGAGGCUCUGAUUGACCGCUUUGAAUACGUCGGUGACUCGCCACACAUGGCUGCAGCAGUCCGCCUGAGGGUUUAUAAUGUCUUCAAGGGAUGGAUGGAGUCGCACUGGCGAGACGAGACGGACCACAAGGCUCUGGAGCUGAUCAAGCUCUUUGCCGAGUCUAGGCUGCACUCGGCUUUGCCGUCGGCCAGCAAGCGCCUUCUCGACCUCGUACAACGCGUCUCGUCUACCGACACCACCCUUGUACCCCGCCUCGUCUCCUCCAUGGGCAAGAACAAUGCCGCCGUCUCGCAGUACGUAACCGUGGACACGCCAAUGCCGGCUCCCGCUCUCACCAAGAGCCAGGCGCAUGCAUUGGCCGCCUGGAAGGCUGGUGGAGCGAGCCCCACCAUUCUGGACUUUGAUCCUCUGGAGAUCGCCCGUCAGAUCACUGCCAAGCAGAUGAGCAUCUUCUGCUCCAUUCUGCCAGAAGAGCUGCUCGGCUCGCAGUGGAUGAAGAAGGGCGGCGCGGGCUCGCCCAACGUCAAAGCCCUCACCGCGCUGUCUACUGAGCUGUCAAACCUGGUUGCCGAGAACAUUCUGCACUACAACGAGGUCAAGAAGAGGGCUAAUGUCAUCAAGCAAUGGAUCAAGAUUGCUCACCAGUGCCUCGAGCUCAACAACUACGAUGCGCUGAUGGCCAUCAUCUGCAGCCUCAACAGCUCGACCAUCACCCGUCUCCGAAAGACCUGGGACAUCGUGUCGCCAAAGCGUCGCGAGUUGCUCAAGUCGCUCCAGGCUGUCGUCGAGCCAGCACAGAACCACAAGGCUCUCCGCGCCCGUCUCGCCGACCAUGUCCCACCGUGCCUGCCCUUCCAAGGCAUGUUCCUGACUGAUCUCACCUUUGUCGACAUUGGCAACCCCGCCACGAAGUCGCUUCAGGGUGAGGACGGCAACGACAUGACUGUCGUCAACUUCGACAAGCACACGCGCACGGCCAAGAUCAUCGGCGAUCUCCAGCGAUUCCAGAUCCCCUACAGGCUCACAGAGCUGCCAGACAUGCAGGAUUGGAUCCAGUCCGAGCUUGAGCGUGUCCACGACUCGGACCCCAAGAGCAACGUGCAGGUCAGCUACUACCGCAAGAGUCUCCUGCUGGAGCCCAGGGAGAACCAGAUCCCACGCACCCCGGUGGAAGGCCCCGGCGGUGCGAACGCGCAAGGCAUGUUCACAUGGAGGAAGAUCGGAACCUCCAACUCGAAGACACUCAACCAAACACUUACCAACGACUCGGCUUAAAACGCCUAUUACCGCCAUCACACACUCGCGCGUUACCUAGACCCGACGACAUCAGCAUCUUCCUGCCUCUGCGCACACACACAUUUGUUUCUUGGGCUCUUUUGUUUUUUGGUCGCUUUUAUUUUGAUACCCAAAAUUACUCGUUGCUUUAUUGUAUUCUGUAUCGGACAUCGGGAAAAGAACCACACGAAUUGUUUUUAUCGGCAUGACAUCGAGGUCUACGAUGCCGCAUCGCACCACACGACUGGAUGACUUCUCUCUCACCAACAACCACCAUUACCGAGGACCACUACACGUCUUUGGGAGCACUGUCGACCCACAAUCGACCGGCUUUAUAAUCCAUUCAGCUCGCGCUACCUGGUUAUGAGUAGUCCACCCCGUUAUACUUAUACUCAGUAUGGACCUCUCAGAACCAGCAUCGUUGAGUCCCGUUGGCUGCCGGACCGGUGCAAACCAGACCGGCAUACCACGACCCGACCUCACCCAUUGGGUAGUUAACCUCUUUGCUUUUCAGCCCUUGCUUCUUGUGUUUGGUUUUCUGUGUACCAUCAUGGGUUCUUACGAAGCGGCGACUGGGAAAGGAAAAACAAAAUCCUUGCGUUUCUGCUCCCCCCGCGCUCUCCACCUGGCUCCCAAACAGCCGGGGUGGAACGAGCGGCGGAGCAGCUGAAAACUCAGGCGUCUGAGCAUCAUCAUCAUCAAUCAUCACAUGGAGUUCCCGGUGCUUUCACUAUCUUGAUUUUCCUUUUUCAGUGUCUGUUCAACGCCACGGGCGUGCACUACUACUUGGGGCUGUCGCUACUGCUGUCGGUGGAAGGACGGGAUGGGCUGGGGUUGGAUGUACCGAAGCGGUCGCUUAAGCUGCAGCGAGACGCGACGGGAAAAAAAGAAUCGGGGAUAAUAUUUGAAUGUUGAGGCUAAAUGCGCGCAUUUGGAUACUGGGACAACGGAAAAGGGCCUGAUGGGAUACCAAGGAAGGAAGGAAAGGACCUGGGCGUGGGACAUAUGUACCCGACCAAAAGAUCAACGACUCACUACUACAACUUUACAACGCCAUAAUCCAUGUACACAAAAUGGGGAUAUGACCACGGCCAGGUGGGAGGAACGGAAUGGGGAUCACGGGGAACACUACAGCACAGCACAGCACAGCGCAGCGUCAGCGUCAGCACAGCUCGUCAUAACAGCGAAACAGCCCAGCCCUGCCCGCCCGGCCUUGCUAGAAGACGGGUAGGGUAGGGGGGCAUGAAACCACAUCAUACCUCACUCACCACACCACGAGACCAGCCAGCCAGUCACCCGUCCGUUAGUCAGGGAGCCAAGGUCCCCUUCUAAUGUCUGGGUUCCGGUGAUACAUACUGGAGUGGAGUGGAGUUGAGUGGUGGGCAUGAAAGAUGAAUGCGUUGAUGAAAUGAAAGCGUCAAUGACAGACCUGACACAAAUACAUAACAUAACAUAACAUAACAUACAUACAUACACACAAUUAAAAUCAAGUUACAAAU